AUGAUAAGAGACAGAGUGAUAAUGGGUAUCCUGGACCACGGACUCAGAGAGAAGCUCCUACAAAUAGAAAAUUUGACGCUUAGUAAGACAGAAGAUUUGUGCAGAAUACACGAACAAAGCAAAAUCCAGAUGGCGGAUAUGGAUAGUACAUCAUCAACCAGUGCUGUGGAUACCAUUGAUACGGGUGCACAAUGUAAUAUUCUCCCUGCCAAGAUUUUAAGAAUGGUUGCCCCAUCAGCCCUCAUCAAACCACAACAGAUCGAUCUAACAGCUUACGGCGGUGCUAGGAUUGAUGUCAAGGGAUCUACAGAGCUUAAUUGUAAGAUUCGUGGUGAGAAUUGUAUACUCAAAUUUUUAAUUGUGAAUGCUGAAGGUAGACCUAUUUUAGGCUUAAAGUCGAGUUUAAACUUAAAUCUAAUACAAACUGUUAAUAGCAUAAAUUACUCAAAUAAUUUACCAUUAUUUUCGUCAAAAGAAGAUGCAAUAAACAAGUAUAAGACUGUAUUCGAGGGUUUAGGAACAUUUCCAGGGGAACCUUAUAAAUUUACUUUAAAACCAGAUGCAAAUCCUUGUGUUUUUCCUGCAAGGAGAAUCCCAAAAAGUUUAUUGCCUGAAUUUCAAAAUUCAUUAAAUAGAUUAGAAAAACAAGGAGUUAUUAGUAAACAAACAGAACCCACUGAUUGGUACAUUAAAAGAGAACAUUUUCAAAUACCAUCAGCUGAUGAAAUUCUAUGUGAUUUAAACAAUAAAAAAUAUUUCUCGGUAUUGGAUCUUAAAGACUCUUACUAUCAAAUUAAAUUAGAUAAAGAAACAUCAAAGCUCACUACAUUUGCAACACCUUUGGGUAGAUACAGGUUUUUGAGGCUUCCUUUUGGCAUAAACACUGCGGCUGAGGUUUUCCAAAGAAAAAAUAAUAUAAUUUUUGGGGCCAUAUUGGGUAACAAAGUUUUUAUCGAUGAUUUAAUUAUCUCAGGAACUACAGAACAUGAGCAUGAUGAAAUAUUAGAUAAAGUUUUAAAUACAGCUAGAAUAAAUGGUAUAACUUUUAACAGAGAAAAAUUUCAAUUUAAAAGAAAAGAAGUGAAAAUUCUGGGUUUCAAAGUUUCAGAAAAAGGAAUAGAAAUAGAUCCUGGUAGGAUUGAAGCAAUUCUAAAACUAGAAGAUCCUAAAAAUAAAAAGGAACUUCUAAGAUUUUUAGGUUUAGUAAAAUACUUAGCUAAGUUUAUACCUAAUUUAUCACAAAUAACAGCUCCACUAAGAAAUUUGACUUGUUCUAACGUUGUUUGGAAUUGGGAAAAAAGUCACUCAGAAAGUGUUCAAACAUUAAAAAAUUUAUUAACCUCGCCCCCAUGUUUAGUACAUUACAAUGCUAAUGAACCUUUAACAAUUCAAUGUGAUGCUUCUUCAGAGGGAAUGGGUGCAUGUUUGUUACAAAAGGGACAGCCUGUUGCAUUUGCAAGUCGAGCUUUGACGGACUGUGAAAAGAGAUAUGCAUGUAUAGAAAGGGAAAUGUCUGCAAUAUUAUUUGCGGCUGAAAGGUAUAAUUUUUAUAUAUAUGGAAAAAAAAUUAACGUUCACACAGAUCAUAAACCCCUGGUAAAUAUUUUUAAAAAAGAUAUUAAUAAGAUUUCAAGCAGAUUGCAGAGAAUGCGUCUUAGACUUAUGAAAUAUCAGUUAGAAGUUUCCUAUUUACCUGGUAAACAAAUGUUUAUAGCUGAUAUGCUUUCUAGGGCUUUUUUGAAGGGGCCAGUAAAAAAUGAUACAGAAAAUAAUUUUAUUGUACACAAUAUUGACAAGAAAAUACCUAUGAGUGCGAAUAAAAUAUCAGAAAUUGUAGGUUGGCCAAAAAAUAAUAAGAGUUUAUCUCCAGAGCUUAAAAAUUUAUUUCAAAUAAGAAGCGAACUUUCUAUUGAAAAUGAUCUGAUAUUAUUUGGUGAUAGAGUUGUCAUCCCAAAAAACCUUAGAAUUUUAAUGUUGUCUAAAUUACAUGAAGGACACUUAGGCAUAAAUAAAUGUAGAGCAAGGGCUAGGGAAAGUAUUUUUUGGCCAAAUAUUAGUAAUGAUAUUAACAAUUUUAUUUUAAAUUGUGAGGUUUGCCUUAAAUUCAGGAAUAACAAUCCGAAAUUGCCUCUUUUACAGCACAAUAUUCCAGAAAGACCUUGGCAAGAAAUUGCCAUGGAUAUUUGUGAGUUUCAAGGAAAUUUUUUUUUGGUAGUUAUAGACUAUUUUUCGAGAUGGAUUGAAUUAAAAGACAUAAAAAAUAAGGAUUCUGUUGAGGUAGUGAAAGCAUUGAAGAAUAUUUUUUCUGUGCAUGGAUUUCCAGAAACAAUAAUUUCUGAUAACAAUCCUUUUAAUUCAUUUUAUUUUAAAAACUUUUUGAACGAAAUUAAUAUAUCAUUGAAAACAUCUAGUCCAAAUUAUCCAAGAAGCAAUGGUUUAGCUGAGAAGGCCGUUGGCAUUUGCAAAAAUAUGCUAAAAAAAUGUAAUUAUGAAAGAGGCACUUUAGAUUUUUAUCUUUUGAAGUAUAGAAAUACGCCAAUUCCUGAUAUAGGUCUAUCACCAGCACAAAUGAUAUUCAAUCGUCGUUUAAAAGAUAGUUUACCCUGUGUGGAUUCCUUGCUUGAACCUACAUUAGCUGUUAAGAAGGGAAAAACUAAUGACAGAGUUAUGUUUAAAAAUAAGAAAUCUUGGGAAAAAGGGACGAUAGUCGAUGAUACGAUUUAUCCUAGGUCACAUAUCAUUAAGGAUGGGUAUGGAAAUUUUUAUAGGCGUAACAGGCAACAUUUAAUUAUAAAAGAUGAAUCUUUUGUUAAUGAUCCUCCUCCAAAGGAAGACUCUGAUAAAUUU